GAGAGAUAUUUUUAUUAGCUUGUGAAAAUCGAUAGUGAACCCUUAUAUUAAAGCUUCCAACUUGCAACCUAGAGAGAAAUAGUGAAAAAGAUUGCAGCUUUUGCAUUCAAACAGGGAAAAAAGAGGUAUCUUUGAAGUGGGGUUUGGAUAGAAGAGGAUAAAGAAUUUCAUAAACCUAUAAGCUAAAGAGUUAUCAGUGGUUUUGCUGCUUCCCGAGCUACUUUGGCAUUGACACUCAGAAAGGCGUAAUGGCUAUUUGUGGUUCAAGAAAUAUUGGCCAUUUCAUUGGCAAUAUCACUGCUAGGCGCCUGCAGUAUAGUUUGUCAGUAAAGAGUUGUGCUAUUUCUUACAACAAAAGAGGCUUUCAAAAUGUUAGUAAAGCUAACAUCAGUUUGGGAAGCAAAGGACGGUCCAAUAACUUAAUGCUUAACCAAUAUUUCACAACUAAUGUUGCAAAGAGGAGGAGCAACCUCAAUCCACACAAAGGAUUUGGAUUGGAAGGUUUUCGCAAUUUAUCCCAGGAAUGUUUCUCUUCUGAUACUUCUAAGGGCAUGGAACAAGUUGUAGAUGUUGCUGAUUCUUCUUCUGAAGGAAAGAUCCCGUUGAAGCUAAAUUCGGGAUCAUUUUACCUACCUCAUCCUGCUAAAGCAAAAACUGGCGGAGAGGAUGCUCAUUUUAUUUGUACCCUUACACAAGCAAUCGGUGUAGCUGAUGGUGUUGGUGGAUGGGCUGAUCUCGGUAUCGAUGCUGGGUUAUAUGCCCGUGAAUUAAUGUCUCACUCUUUAGCUGCGAUUCAAGAGGAACCAAAAGGUUCCAUAGACCUAAUCAGGGCACUGGAGAAAGCGUACGUGAGAACAAAAGCAAAAGGCUCGUCUACUGCUUGUAUUGUUUCACUCGUUGAUGGGGGUCUUUAUGCAGUUAAUUUAGGAGAUAGUGGAUUUAUGUUGGUUAGAAAUGGAUGUGCUGCAUUUAAAUCACCUGCACAACAGCAUGGUUUUAAUUUCCCAUAUCAACUAGAUUGCAAUAAUGCUGGUGAUUCACCUAGCUCUGCCAUGGUUUUUAAAGUUACUGCUGCACCUGGAGAUGUAUUAAUUGUUGGUACAGAUGGUCUUUUUGAUAAUCUGUUUGACGACGAUAUCAGCGGAGUUGUAAUUCAGGCCAUGGAAUCUAGCUUAGGGCCUCAGAUGACUGCUCAGAGGAUAGCAGAACUAGCCCAGCAACGAGCAAUGGAUCAAACUAGGUCCUCGCCUUUCUCUGAUGGAGCUCGCGAGGCUGGAUUUGAGUACAAUGGUGGAAAGCUGGACGACAUCACUGUAGUUGUUUCUUACAUAAACGAGUAAUUGAAAAUCCAUAACAUGCUGCAAUUUUCGAAGACACAGAAAACUGAAACUUGUGACCAGCUUGGAGGAGAGUCACAAAAUAUAGUCUAUGUAUAAGAGGCAUCGGUUAGAAUUUUGGCGUUUUAAUUUGUUUGUAGAACAAACACAAGAAUGAGAGGGCUACAGCAGCAUUUUGGAUCUAGCUUAGAGUUUACAUCAGUUUGAUCCAAGUGUUUUACUUUAUGAAAUUCAAAUGGCAUGUUGGAAUCUCUUAACAUUUAUUUGAGGAAGGAUUUUCUUCUGUA